AUGGCUGAGCGAACAACCUCCGAGACCUCCCCGUUGCUGGGUAAUACAAACGGCACGGCGUCGACUGGGGCAAUUGACAUCCCCCGUGAAGAGGCCGCUGAACAAAUACAAAAUGGCGAAAAUGGAGCAAAAGAAUCCAUUCGCGAUGCCCAAAAUAGCCUCAAAUAUAUUAUACCUGCGGUCUCCCUAGGUAUUUUCCUUGCUGCUGCAGACCAGACAAUUAUUAUGGCAAGUUAUGGCCAGAUUGGAAGUGAUUUGAAAGCCCUGAACUUGACCAGCUGGAUUGCUACAUCAUAUUUCUUGACCUUGACCUCAUUCCAACCACUUUAUGGCAAGCUGAGCGAUAUAUUUGGCCGAAAGGAGUGUCUCCUUUUCGCCUAUGCCAUUUUUGGAAUUGGAUGUUUGUUCUGUGGGCUUGCGCGAAAUAUUAAUGAGUUAAUUGCGGCACGAGUCUUUCAAGGUAUUGGAGGCGGUGGUAUGACCACUGUUGUCAAUAUCAUGAUGAGCGAUAUUAUCCCUUUGCGAGAUAGAGGGCUCUGGCAAGGUAUUAUUAAUAUCAUCUGGGCCACUGGAUCAGGCAUGGGCGCGCCAAUGGGCGGCAUUCUAGCUGAUUACAUUGGCUGGCGCUGGGCUUUCAUUGGGCAAUUCCCCUUGUGCGUUGUUGCAUUUAUUGCCGUUUCAUUCGUUCUCAAACUCCCAGCCCGCGAGAACUCGAACUGGAAGGCUAAACUCCGCCGCGUUGACGUCCUCGGCGCUGUUGUCCUAGUCGGCGCUGUGCUUGGCCUCCUGGUUGGCUUGGAUCGCGGCAGCAAUGUGUCAUGGAGCAUGCCAUUGACGAUCAUUUCGCUGAUCGUUUCACUUGUCCUCUUUGUUGUAUUUGUUCUGGUCGAGGCCUACCUCGCCACUGAGCCAUUCGCACCCGGACACAUCAUCUUCAACCGUACUUUCUUCGCCUGUUACUGUUGUAACUUCUUUAGCUUUGGAGGAUGGCUCGCAGCAUCAUUCUAUAUUCCUCUUUACUUUCAAGCCGUUGAUGGCGUUUCUGCCACGAUUGCUGGAUUACGCAUAUUGCCAAGUGUUUUGACAGGCGUGUCAGGGUCUCUUUUCGCUGGCGCCUUCAUGAAGUGGACGGGAAAAUAUUAUUGGUUGACUAUUGUAGCAUAUACGUUGUUGACUAGCGGUUGCUUUCUGAUCUUCCUCUCCUCGGGUGGUGCUACGACCAACCUUGUUACAAUGAUACUCGGAAUGUGCAUGUCAUCCUUUGGCAAUGGCAUUGGUGUUACCACAACUUUGAUCGGAUUAAUCUCGAACUCAACUGCUGAAGAUCAAGCCGUCGUAACUGCCUGCUCAUACCUCUUCCGAUCAUUGGGAUCUGUAGUUGGGCUUUCACUAUCUUCGACCAUUGUCCAGCAACUUCUACGCGAUCGGCUUCAAUCUUCCCUGCACGAUAACAAGAACAUCGAUGAAAUUGUCAAUGGCGUACGUGAAAGUCUUGACUUUAUUAGGCGGUUAGACCCGCAAGUCGCCGCCAUCGUCCGUAGCUGCUACGGCUGGUCGACUAACAAGGGCUUUGGCUUUUUGACUACGGUCGUAUUCUUUGCCCUCUUCAGUGCUUAUUUUAUCAGAGAGGCCAAGCUCAAUCGCUGA